CGUUGUUAGCACUAUCAGUUAUCGGCUCACGGACAUCACGAUCACUUUACGUAACACCCAUAGCCUGCAGUCGAGUAGCAGACAGUCGACUAUUAGAUAGUCGACUUUACUUGUCGUUUCAGCGUCCCAAACUCGAAACAGUUGUAGCCAAAUUUGUUUGUUGUCAGCAUUCAACAAGGAAGCAGCUGGUCCACGUAGAUUUCGCGUUUUCGUUGUCCUUUUUAAAUCGUUCGUGUUUUCUAUCGACCCGAGACCAACGCCAUGGCGACCAAACACUUGGGAAAAGGUUUGUUUGAAUUUAUUUGCGCAAAUGGCUUUUGGGAGAGCUAACGGACGUAAGAGAUUUUUAGCAGAUUAGGAUUAUGGAAUUCGGAACGCUCGAACGAAUAGACAAUUUGCACCUAGUUUAUAAUUCACAAAACACUUAAGAGAUUAUUUCCAAAAUAUUGUUCUCUAAACAUUUCAUAAUAGGUACUUUUACUCUAAAAUCAAAAUUAAGCUAGUUUUACUUAGUCUGCGUAAGCUUUGUUUUUAAAUGUCGCCCCGGUGCACGAUGUAGAGAAAAUCUCUAAAUCGUGCCUGGGUGGUUGGAUUGAGACAGUAGAUGUGAGUGGCGUCCUCUUAAUAUAUAGAAAUAUUUUUCUUGACUUGUCAAUGUCUUGUAUUAGAUACCUACUAGUCUAAUGAAGCCUUAUUACAAAUAUCUAUUGUAAAAUGUAUCUAUUUACUUAAUUAGAUGAAUUAACACUCAAUAAUUUACACGAUUAUAAUGAUUAUACUGAUGAUGAUUCACUACAAUUGUUAUGUUUUGAUAAUCUGAUAACGAUUAAGAAAUAGAUGAAUGAUGACAAUAGGAACGCUUGAAAAGGAGGUAAUUAUACUGGUAUAAAAUAUUUGACCCAUGUUGCAAGGCGGGUUAAAAAAACUACUGGUUUAAAAGAUAUUUUGUACCACCAUCACUAACAAAUUUCUCUAUUUUAUACUGGUAUUUUUUUUAGGGGAAAUAAAUACUGGUAUAGUCUACAAAUUUGUAAUUAAAUUUUCAGGUUCCGUCUGUCCGCCCACUGUGCCAGACUCCAUACGCUUCUACUCAAUGCGCUAUUGUCCUUAUGCCCAGAGGAUCCAACUAGUUUUGAACGCUAAAGGCAUACUGUGAGUAGACUACAUAUUCAAAAACUAUAUUUUAAUCUCGCCGGCGUAGGGAAAGUAUUUUUCGUAUUUUUUUUUUUUUUUUAUAAAGAUUUUCAUAUUUUAAUCUCUUCCGAUGGUUUUAUAGGCAUGAUACUGUUUUUAUCAAUUUGUCGGACAAGCCCGAAUGGUACUUGGAUAUCUUCCCGGCCGGAAAAGUGCCAGCUAUAAUUUAUGAUGAUAAAUUCUUGUUCGAAAGUCUUUAUUUAGCUGAUUUCCUUGACGAACAAUACUCGCAACCACGGCUGUGGAAUGGAACCCCUCUGCAGAAAAUUUUAGACAAAAUUUUCAUUGAUAAUUUCGCUAAAGUAAGUACUAAUGGUUUUCAAUUAUAUGCAAAAAAACAAUAUAAUAAUUAUUUGUAAUAAAUGUCAAUGUGACCAUUGUUAUAAUAUAUUAGUAUUUCAGUGUUAAUAUAAUUGUUAGAUAUCUACUAUCAUAAAAAAAAUCAAUCUGUAAAAUAGUAAAUCAUUUGUAUGAGAAUUUGCGUAUAAAUUAAAUUUGAAGAUAUUAUUAUAUGUAAAAAUAAAAUAUUCAACUGUUAAUUAUAAACAUUAAAUUAAUUAAAUUUAUAUUUAAAUUGUAUACAAAUUCAAUAUUGUAUAAACAAAUUAGAUUUAGAAACUACCAGAUACAACUCAUAUUAUGAUCCUUUUAUAUUAUUAUAAAUUAUCAAAAUGAUUGCAUACUUAGUAUCAAGAUCAUUGACAGCAUCCUUAAGUAAUUCAACACAUAUUAUACAAAUAAUUUGGAUUUUGUAAUGUUGUUAUGUGUGUAAAAUUUUGAUUUUUUAAACUAAUCUAAUACAUUUUAAUGUUUUAGGUUGGAUUAGCAUUUUAUAAACUAAUGAUGACAACAUCCGAACCAGAAAAACCAAAUUUUGAUGAGCUUGUCUAUAGUUUAAAACCAAUUGAAGCCGAACUCGUACAGAGAGGAUCAACGUUUUUCGGAGGUAAGUUUUAAUAAUAAAAUGAUUUAUUAUACCUUUGACUUUGUAUGAAAUAACUACAAAACCAUUAAAAUAGUAUUAUUAUUUAUUAAUUAAUUUGUUUAAAUAAUAUUAAUUUAGGUGCUAGCCCGAAUAUGGUUGAUUAUAUGAUAUGGCCUUGGUUUGAGCGGUUGGAUGCCAUUAAUCCUUAUACCAAUGGAACAUACAUUAUUCCUUUUGUCCAAGAAUUUCCCAAACUGGUGAGUAUUUCGAGCUUAUGAUAUUAAAUUUACUAUCAAACUUUAAUAUCCAUACAAUAUUUCAAUGAAGGCUGAUUGGAAAACCUUAAUGAUAGCUGACAAGGUUGUGGCACCAUAUUAUUUACCACCAGAAAAACACGCUGAACAUUUCAAAAAAAGAAAAGCAGGAUUACCUUCAUACGAUAUUUAAAUUCAGUAAUGUAAACAAAUUAUUAUUGCUUAAGUAAUUAUUUUGUUCAUGUAUACAGUUCUUUAAAAACGAUCAGAUAUUGCACCAGAUACGUAAUUUGAUACAUAUUAAAUUAAAAUUAUAAAACCAGUAUUAAUAUUUUGAAUUAAGUAAUUAAUUAUAGAUGUUCGUAUAAUAAAGUGAUAUUAACAUAGUCACAUUUAUUUUUGUACUUACUAUUUUAUAUGCUAAUACAAACUCAUAAAACAUGAUAUGUAAGUUUAAACAUUAAUAUUAGCAAGUACGCCAGUUUAGCAAAUAAGCUGAGGCAACAAAUUGUAAACAAUAUUUACGUGGAACACAGAUGGCCAUUACAGCCAAACCGUCCAAAUUUACCUCUCAGUGUUUUAAAAUAUAUUUACUGUAUACUUUUUAUCGCAGUUAAAAAUUAUUUGUUAAUUAUUUAAUAUACCUGUAGUGAUUAAUUUUAAAUGGUUUUUUAAUUCUGUUAGUGUUUUUAGAUUCUUAGUGGAACAAGGAAUGUAUUUGUUUUGUAAUGAUGUUUAUUUUUAUUUCUGUAAACAACUUUUCUGGUAGAAAACAUAAACCGUAUAAAAUUGACUUUAUAAACUUUAAAUAUUAUGAUAUUUCAAUAUGAUGGAAUUAUUGUUGAAUAACUAUAUAGAUUCAAAUUUAAUAUACACAUAAGGAAUAUUGGAAUUUGUGUCUUAUGCUAUCUACACCAAAAACAUAUCUACCGCAACCGCAAUCUAUACACAAUCCCUU